AUGAGGUAUGAGAGAUAUACUGUCUCUCAGUGAUACAGAGGGGUUGUUUGACUAACAAAACAUUCUAAAAGGUUUCACACACAACAUUAAAAGCAUGACAUUUUGUUUUAAUUAUAUAGAUGACAUCCAUAGUAAAGAAAGACUAAAGAAUGUUUCCAACAAAAUGAAGUAGCCUAUGAUGAAGUAACCUAUGUCACUGCCUCAUAUUUCUGGACAGCUGAAAUAAAAACUUUGAACAAACAUUCAAGGCCAUUGUGAAGGCUACAACCUUCUCUGUCUGUUGUAAGGGAUAUUGCAGUUACACAAGCAGGAUGCAGUCCUUACACAUUGCAUUGGAGUAAAAACAAUCUUUGUUUUGUGUGAGGAUGUAGACUUAUCUUUGUAGUUGCUGCCAUAUCAUAGUCACUAGCCAGAGUUGCUGAAAAAUAACACUACUACUUUGACUGCCUGUCUCCUUCCUGCUUAGCCAAUGUUUGCAAUGAUGAUGAAAAAAAAUAACAUUAAAUCGCUAAUUAGACUGUGUGUCUGUGUCUUGCUUGUGUUUGACAUGCUGCCUAGAUAGCUGUUUGUAACACCCCACUUGAGUUUUGCAUUGGGGCAAAAAACUAUCUGCGAGCAUGUACGAACAUGUUGAUCAUGUCUUUUGUGGACAACAUGUAAAUAGCUGCAUGUAGCCUAACUCCUCUCCUGAAAAAUUAACAUGAAAUCAUGCUUAUAAGCCUACUGAGGCAUGGAAUGCAAUAGUUUGAACAUGUUGACCAUCUCCUUUGUGUGUGCACAUGUUGUGUGUAGGCUACAUCAGACAAAGGUGUUCAUUACAUUUACAUUACAUUUUAGUCAUUUUGCAGACGCUCUUAUCCAGAGCAACUUACAGUUAGUGAAUACAUUAUUUUUUUAUACUGGCCCCCCGUGGGAAUCGAACCCACAACCCUGGCGUUGCAAACACCAUGCUCUAUCAACUGAGCUAAUCCCUGCCGGCCAUUCCCUCCCCUACCCUGGACAAAGUGUGCGCCGCCCAUGAGUCUCCCGGUCACGACAAAGCCUGGAUUCGAACCAGGAUCUCUAGUGGCACAGUUAGCACUGCGAUGCAGUGCCUUAGACCACUGCGCCACUCAGGAGCAGACAUUUUGGUCAGCGAAUUCAUCACAGAUCAAAGCGGCAAUGGAGCAAUGAGAAGCAACUACAUAGGCAGUGGAGUGGGCAGCAGCCCUAGAAUUAGGAAUAAAAUACCAGAAUGGGCAUGAACCUUCUUAUGAUGGUCUAAAAGGUCUGCCAUUUUGGUCAGGGAAUUGGUCAACCAUUGUUUCCUAGUGCUGUGAUAAGAUAUUGUGUAAAAUAAUGAAUUAUCUGCACUGUAUGUUUGUUAACAAGCUAUCCAGACAGUUUAAGAGGAAUGAUUCCAUUAAUGUUUCAAAUUAACUGCCAAUAUGCCAACAUUCCAUUCAAACAAUGCAGUCAAUCCAUAGCCAUACAAUGGCUGAAAUCAGUUGAUGAUCAGACUUAGACAAGUUGUAAAAUCAACAAGUACUGAUAUUGUAUCAUACAAUAGCACUCACAGUUUACCAAGAAAACAAAUCAUUUAGACAUUUAUGGUCUGUUUGCAUACUUUUUUAGAGGCUAUUUAUACAGAACAUUUGUACAAAACCCGCAUAAACUGUAUUUAUAAUUAUAUGACAAUAUUUUAGGUUGACAGUAAUUCUAUUACACAAUUUCUGAUAUAUCACACAUCUAACUUUUAUUUUCCUGCUUAAGUAAAAUCUGGAUUAUGCCUCUAAUGCCAUAUAUUCAUAUUAGACUGGUUUGGAUUUGUCGGUUUACAGAAAAUCCGCAAACAGACAGUGAGAUCUGCUGCCAUAAUAUUGGGCCAUUCAACACAACACACACCUGUCUUACGUAAACAUACUGUUUAAAGUCAAUAGUCAUCUGAUAUGGCCUGCUCUUUAGUGAGACAAUAAUGACCUCUGUUUACCUGGAGAAAAUAUUACCUGGAGCUUUGACUAGUGUUGUGUAAUAAGUGCCUCUAAGGAUUCAGUCAAACAUGAACUAACCUAUUUGACAUACAGUAAUUAUCCUCUUACACAACACUAAAGUAGUGGUGUAUUAUGAAACCUAGGACUUUGGUACAUCUACACUCUAAAAAAUGCUGGGUUAAAAACAACCCAGCGCUGGGUAAAUAGUGGACAGAACACACGUAGGGUUAUUUUGACCCAGCCAGUUGGGUCACUUAGUUGGGUGGUUUUCUUUGAAAACUGGAGGCGUAGCUUAGUACUGACUUGGCUUUCAGAUAGUCAUUUUUGGCCACCCGUGAGAGUAAAUGUUGUUCCUGUUCAUCAUGUUAAGUUUGUGCACUGCAAAUGUUUAAUGUUCUUCAAUAUGUUUUGCACAUUACAUAUGUGAAUAUCAAUUUUCUAACAUUAUUAUUUAAAUAUUAUUACAAAGUGGUAACUCUCCCAACAUUGGGAUAUGCAUAGGCACUUGAGGAACUCACACUCUUGUAUAAGCCUCAUAAAAGCCACAAAAGUGUCAGUGCUCAACCUUAUUAGUGAUGACAAUACAACGGAACAUGAACCAGAAUGAUAUGACCCGGUGGGUCAUAGCUCAAUAACCCAGCAUCAAUAACCCAACAACCCAACUAAGUGUUCUGUCCAAUAUUUACCCAAAUUGGUUUGCUUUUAACCCAGCAUUCUUUUGAGUGUACUACCUACAGGUUUCCAUUAUUAGCACCAUAUGUUAGCCUUUCCCACUACAGAUGCUCUCCAAGGUCUCGUUAACUGGUGAUGAUGAGCCAUACGUUUUCAUCAUAUCUUUUUGACUUUACUGUGAUUCUGAGAUUUUUUGUGUUUGUCAGUGAUAAUGAUAGUAAUCUUGUGUAUGACUCAACACCUUAACUCUCCACCACCUCCUCCUCCUUGUGCUCCUAAUCACCCCUCCUCUUCCUCCUGCUCCUCCUCCUCCCUUCCAGAACCAUGGUGUGCCAUAAGGAGUUCCAGACUGCAGGAAAGGGGCCUGGUCUUCAGGUAUGGCGUGUGGAGAAGAUGGAUCUGAAGCCGGUUCCUAAACAGCUCUAUGGGAACUUCUUCACUGGAGACUGCUACGUUCUGCUCUACACCACCGCCGCCCCCUCAUACUACAUCCACAUGUGGCUGGGUGAGCGAUAGAGCUGGUUACCCCACUGAUAUAGCCUACCACCAGGGUCUCUCGGGCUGAGCCUUUAACCGCUAUCCUAUACAUGCAGGACAUGCCCAUAUAAAUGAUUAGCAUUAUCAAAAGAUACAUGCCAGUUCACCUGUCAUAUCUAUUUCAUAAAUUGACUGAAUGGUUCCUCCCUUGUAUGUUUUGUAUGCUCCAGGGUGAAGAUUCCCCUAGGUACACAUCUAGGUUCAGCAAUCCUAACCUUAAUCAUUAGUAGGAAAAAUGCUAAACUGACCCAAGAACACCGCCUAAGGGGGAACUUCACCCUACAUUGUUCUGAAUGUUCUAUGGCCUUUCCCAUUGGUCUUCUUCCUCAAUUCCCCUAAUCUCUGUCUCUAUUGGCUGACACCACAGGAAGUGAGAGUUCUCAGGAUGAGAAUGGUGCGGCGGCCAUCUUUAGCACCCAACUGGAUGAUUUCCUGGGCGGAGGCCCGGUCCAAUUCAGAGAGGUCCAGAACAAUGAGUCUCUCACCUUCCUGGGUUACUUCAAGUCUGGCAUCAAGUACAAGGUGAGGUAUUACUGAAAACUGUAUCUCAGAGAAGCAGUUGGGCAUAUCAGUGUAGAUCAGGUCGCCAACAUAAUAGAGGUGUUUAACUUCAAGGGUCUUUCAUGGUUAAAUAAAGAUAUAGUACUGUACAUCAUUUAAAAAAUGACUGAAGGUCUUGCUAUAUCUCUCAUGACAAACCCAGUAUAGCCUCUGUUUUCCUUUCCAGCACUUAGAAGCUUACUCUGUUAUUAUACAGCCCACUACUAUACUUAUCUGUGGAGGUCAAUGACAUUGAAACCAAAUGCAUUGAAGUGAAGGUACAGAAUGUGUGUGGGUGUUGCAUUAUUAGGUUAAGUAUUGAUAACCAACUAUUGAUAACCAAGUAGAUUCCAAUUUGAACUUGGUGACUAAUGAGACUGAAGUUCAGACCUAUUGAUUACCAGGGUCCUACUAAAGGGUGGUCAAAUGUGUAGUAAUCAAUAUUCUAGUGAGGACCACCCCAACAGCAACACCCCCAUUAAAGUGUUGAAAUACUAAUGAGUCACGACACAUGUUGCCAAAAAGCUAACUGUGCUAUUUAAAGGACUGUAUCUUUAAGCUUUAGCUUCUACAGUGGUUAAAGUUUUCCAUAGAAGGUUGCCAUGGAGAGUUUGAAAUGGAAGACACAUCUGGGUCUUAUUCCAGAAAGCCAAAUGGCUGCAUGUCUGGCAAGAUUUUAUAUUGGCUUCUGGAUUGGAAAGCAGAGGAAGGAAGCCUUGGAAGUAAAUGUUUACUUACUACUCUGGACAAAGUUACUCACAAUGAACUUUGAAGUUGGAGUUUGUAACAUAUGUAAUGUACACUGAGUAUACAAAACACAAGGAGAAUUCCACCCCAAAACUACCUUUUGGUAUUUGUUUCAUUAGUUAAUUGUUGACAUAGUCCCAAAUUGUUUUGCUUCUCAGCAAUCAAGUUUUCAAGAUAUGCAACUUUCAAAACACAGAAAUCAUCCCUGUAUGAUGCAUUUUGCAUCAUAUGAUUCAAAACGAAGCAUCAUUGAUGCAAAAUGGAUCAUACGGGGAUGAUUUCUGUAUUUUGAAAGUUAUACAGUGGCUUGCGAAAGUAUUCACCUGGUACGUGAGUUUUGGUGGGCGGCCCUCUCUAGGCAGGUUUGUUGUGGUGCCAUAUUCUUUCAAUUUUUUAAAUAAUGGAUUUAAUGGUGGGAUGUUCAAAGUUUCUGAUAUUUUUUUAUAACCCAACCCUGAUCUGUAAUUGGUUUCACCAGAUCUUAUUUAGGGGCUUCAUAGCAAAGGGGGUGAAUGCAUUCGCACGCACCCCUUUUCAGUUAUUUAUUUUUUAGAAUUUUUGAAACAAGUUAUUUUUUCAUUUCACUUCACCAAUUUGGACUAUUUUGUGUAUGUCCAUUAAAUGAAAUACAAAUAAAAAUCAAUUGAAAUUACAGGUUGUAAUGCAACAAAAUAGGAAAAACGCCAAGGGGGGUGAAUACUUUUGCAAGGCACUGUAUAUCUUGAAAACGUGAUCGCUGACAAGCAAAACAUUUCCAUGACAUAGAUAGACUGGCCAGGUGAAUCCAGGUGAAAGCAAUGAUCUCUUAUUGAUGUAACUUGUGAAAUCCACUCCAAUCAGUGUAGAUGAAGGGGAGGAGACAAGUUAAAGAAGGAUUUUUAAGCCUUGAGACAAUUGAGACAUGGAUUGUGUAUGUGCGCCAUUCAUAGGGUGAAUGGGCAAGACAAAAGAUUUAAGUGCCUUUGAAUGGGGUAUGGUAGUAGGUGCCAGGGGCACCGGUUUGUGUCAAGAACUGUUACGCUGCUGGGUUUUUCACGCUCAACAGUUUCCCGUGUGUAUCAAGAAUGGUCCACCACCCAAAGGACAUCCAGCCAACUUCACACAAUUGUGGGAAGCAUUGGAGUCAACAUGUGCCAGCAUCACUGUGGAACGCUUUCGACACCAUGUAGAGUCCAUGCCACGACUAAUUGAGGCUGUUCUCAGUGUACAGUAUAUACAAACUUCUUAAAAACUGUGCAUAAACUAUGUAUUAUUGUUAGCUUCGUUAACCUGACACAUUAUUUCCAUUCUCUGUCCCUCAGCAAGGUGGAGUGGCCUCUGGCUUCCAGCACGUGGUGACCAACGACAUGAACGUCAAGCGUCUGCUGCACGUCAAGGGCCGCAGGGUCAUCAGAGCCACGGAGGUGGACAUGUCCUGGUCCAGCUUUAACAGUGGGGACUGCUUCAUCAUCGACCUGGGAAAAGUGAGCUGGGAUAGGGUAUCAGUGACUUAGCUCAACGAUGAAAUGAGAAGUUAAGGAGAUAAGCCUCCUCAACCAGACCCACAUGCAUUGAACUUAGCUGAUGCAACAUAGGGGGAUUGUCACAUAGGCCGAAGAACAAUGAUCCCACACACACAAUGUUUGCUUAUGUGUAAUGGGAGAGAUGGGAGGGAUGGGAGGGAUGGCGGCUCCAAAGAAGGAGAGGGCAGUAAAAUACCCCAGAUGUUAUUUUGUGGAGCAUACAUGAGCAUGCAUAAGUAGUUAUAUCCAGAGGCAAGACUCUUCUCCCUUACCCUAAGUCUGAGUCACGGCCAUUAAGACAACUUUUGUUUCUAUUCUCAGGAUAUCUUCCAGUGGUGUGGCAGUGAGAGCAACCGCUUUGAGCGUCUGAAGGCAUCCGAGGUGGCCAUCGAUGUCCGUGACAACGAGAGGAAUGGCCGUGCCAAGCUGCAAAUUGUUGAGGAGGGAGGAGAGCCAGAGGCUAUCAUCGAAGUGAGACACUUGCAUUUUUACAUUUUAGUCAUUUAACAGACUCUCUUAUCCAGACAGACACACACACACACACACGAUCGAGGAGGGAGGAGAGCCUCUGGCUGAAUCCCAAAUCACCCCCUUUCCCUUCCCCUUCCCCUUCCCCUCACCCCUUCCCCUUCCCCUCACCCCUCGACCCUCUGCGCGUUCAUGCGCGCCUCCGCCAUUUGCAUAAGUGUCCCAAAGCUGAGGGAGUGAAGAUGAUCGAGGGUGUAGGGGCCAAUUAGACCUUCAGAUAGUCACUUCAACCGAGCCAGCAAGGCUGCAGGCUUCAGAGCGAAGUGCUAUCCCGACACGCACUGCGAUAUGUUUGGAGUCUGCGCAAUUUCAUAAAAUAAUGGAGAGUCAUUCUUAAUUAUAUGUCGUGUGCAUUUGUUAAUGUCUGAUUUCGAGACCUGAUACAUGUAACAGAUGAAAUACCUCCCAAAUUAAAUGUUUAACUGUUACUGAGGUUUAUAUCUUGUAAAACAACAGGGGGGAUUCGUUAAUUUGAAUUUCAUGCUUGUUUUAUUGUUUAAAAGUGGAACAUGAAUUGCAUCAUUCAAGUAAGGAGUGUGUCCCGAAGGUGAUGGGUUUAUUGAACCCAUCACCACUCUCUGGAGGUCACACUAUGAGUUUCGUCAGCAACACGUGACGACGGAGGGCCCUCCGAGCGAGUUGGUUGGAGCGAGGGGAUGGUUUGGGAUUCACAGACAGGAUGUCAUCGAUGUGAGUCACCUUCACCAGCACUUCCUGUCCCUGUAAAACAAGAAGGGAAUAUGGGAGUGGGGGUUACUGGCAUCUGGCAUUAUUAUGCCCUUUUAGCACACUAAGACAUUGCAGUGUGACCUUGAAUCAUUUUAGCUGUCCUCUAUUUUGUCUCAUCUAAUGCAUUUAAAGGGUAAGGGGUUGUUCCUGGUCUUGCACGGUGGUCACAAACUCUAUACAACGGUUUUUAUGCAAUUGUGGAACCUUAGAUGAGUGCAAUGGGACAUCUUAGGCAGAGCUGAUAAACUUGGCUAUAACUUAUAUCUCCUUAUUCACGGUAUUAACAAUUGAUGUGUUUGUGUUUAUGUUUAGGCUCUGGGGCCCAAACCCAACAUCCCUGCAGGAAGCCCUGAUGACGAGACUGUUGAUAGAUCCAACAAGAAGGGAGCUCUCUACAUGGUAAAGACUUGCAGCCCUGUGCUGCUCCCAGUCUGUCGUGUGUGCAUGUUUUGUGGUGGCGCUGUGUACUGUGACAACACAAUGGUCCAUUUCAGUUGUCUCUGUAAAAUGUGGAUGAAUAAAGAUGUAUUGUAUUGGGUUGUAGAUCUCUGAUGCGGCAGGCUCCAUGAAGGUGUCAGUGGUGGCCCAGACCAACCCCUUCAAACAAGAGAUGCUCUCCCCCAGCGAGUGUUAUAUUCUGGACAAUGGAGGAGACAGCAAGAUCUUUGUUUGGAAAGGACCUAGUGCCACCACAGCUGAGCGCAAGUCUGCCAUGAAUGCUGCAGAACAGUUCAUCAAGGAGAAGAAUUACCCCAAGCACACCCAGGUAACGUUACAGCAAACAUGUCUUCAUACUGCUGCCGUGCAUACGUAUGGCAAAGUUAUGCACCAUGACAGCAACCUUUCUACCCUACUGCUGCUGAAUUGUGCAAAAGUCAUACACUACAACAACAACCUUUCCACAUCCCAUCACCACCCACUCAGCUCUGUGUAUUGACCAAGUCCUUUGGAUCGACUGCUAUCAUGUACCUGUACAGAUAUGUGGGUUAAAUGAUUUAAGUCCUUUGGUGUCUUCUUCUGUCCUGUACAGGUCCAGGUGUUGCCAUGUGGAGGAGAGACUACCCUGUUUAAGCAGUUCUUCUGUAACUGGAAGGACAAGGACCAGACCACGGGCCCAGGCCAGGCCUACAGUGUGGGACGUAUUGCCAGGGUGGCGCAGGUCCCCUUCGACUCCUCCGCCCUACACACCAACAAGACCAUGGCAGCCCAGCACGGCAUGGUGGAUGACGGAUCCGGGAAGGUUCAGGUACUGCGGAAAGAAUCUAGUGAUGAGAUACAGUAUGAUGAUCUAAUUCUACUACUCCUGGUGGUGUGAGAAUAGUUUUCUUGUUUUGUUUAAAGGAGUGAACAGACUAUCUCAAAUUGUCUUUCCACAAAUCCUUUCAUCCUAUCUCCUCUCCUACUUCUGAACCGUAUUGGAGGAGAACAGCCAAGGUCCAUUCCCCUCAGACCUUCUUCUCCAAUGAGCCAUAUAGAGAAUAACAGACCGAGGGAGAAUGUGUUACAAGGAAGUAGGCAAACUUGUGCAUGUGUGCUGGAGGCUGCGGUCCUAACCACUAGAUCACCCAGCCCAUGUGUGCUGGAGGCUGCGGUCCUAACCACUAGAUCACCCAGCCCAUGUGUGCUGGAGGCUGCGGUCCUAACCACUAGAUCACCCAGCCCAUGUGUGCUGGAGGCUGCGGUCCUAACCACUAGAUCACCCAGCCCAUGUGGGACUUGUUUUUCAUGUACCACACACUGAGAGUUACACCUUGGUAACUAAAGGUGAUGCUUUUCCUCCUCAGGUGUGGCGUGUGGAGGGUGGUGACCAGGUGCCAGUUGACCCUUCCAGCUAUGGCCAGUUCUAUGGAGGUGACUGCUACCUGGUCCUGUACAGCUACCGCCUGGGAAGCAGGGAGCAGCAUAUCAUCUACACCUGGUGAGUGUUGUUCACCUUGUCGCCACAAGAGACAGCCAUCAUCAGACUGGAGCUAUACACUGAGUAUACCAAACAUGGAGAACACCUUCCUAAUACUGAGUUGAGCCCUUUUGCCCUCAGAACAGCCUCAAUUCGUCGGGGCAUGGACUCUACAAGGUGUCAAAAGCGUUCCACAGGGAUGCUGGCCCAUGUUGACUCCAAUGCUUCCCUAAGUUGUGUCAAGUUGGCUGGAUGUCCUUUGGGUGGUGGACCAUUCUUGAUGCACAGGGGAAACUGUUGAGCGUGAAAAACCCAGCAGCAUUGCAGUUCUUGACACAAACCGGUGCACCUGGCACCUACUACCAUACCCAGUUCAAAGGCACUUAAAUCUUAAAUCAAUGGCACAUAUACACAAUCCAUGUCUUCUUUAACCUGUCUCCUCCCCUUCAUCUACACUGAUUAAAGUGACAUCAAUAAGGGAUCAUAGCUUUCACCUGGUCAGUUAUGUAAUGGAAAGAGCAGGUGUUCUUAAUGUUUUGUAUACUCAGUGUAACUCUACAGGAGCACAUUAAGUCUAUGUUAUCCCAUACCCAUAACAGUGAUUGAUUGAUUUAUAUAUUGAUUGAUUGAUGUCUUCAGGCAGGGGCAGAAGUGUACUCAGGAUGAGCUGGCUGCUUCUGCCUUCCUGACGGUCAGGCUGGACGACUCCAUGGGAGGCUCACCUGUCCAGGUAACACUUACUGUACAAAGACAAUCCAACAACAAUUGUACCCUAUUCAGAUAAAUCUGAUUUAAACACAACUCACAUGUCUUUCAAACACUCAGAGAAGUGUCCUCUUGUCUUUGUUUUUUGGAAGUGUGAUUUAUUUAUUUAACCUUAGCCAGGUAAGUCAUUGAGAACAAAAUCUAUUUUACAAUAACAACCUGGCUGUGAAAGCCUGUGCUAUAAUGGAUGUGUUGAAGUGUCUCCUCUUCUCCUCUCUCCUCCAGGUGCGUGUGACUCAGGGCAAGGAGCCGGCCCACCUGAUGAGUCUGUUCAAGGGGAAACCCAUGGUGAUCCACCUGGGCGGAACAUCCCGUAAGGGGGGCCAGAGCAAGAUGGGCUCCACACGCCUAUUCCACAUCCGCCAGAGCUCCACCAAGGCUACACGGGCUGUAGAGGUCAGUCAGUCACACAACAUACACAUAUACACAUACAGUGCACACCCACUGUAUGCCUACGUAGGUUUAAGUGAUCACACAACAUACACAAAGUACAGUACUAACCACUGUUUUAAUGACUGAUCAUGAUCACAUAAAUGAGGGCAGAAGUUGUGAAUUUACAUAAGGAAUACAAGAUCUACAGUAUCUCAGGAGUAAUGUAGGAUAUAAGUACCACAUCACCUCCCCCCCCUUCUCCAAUCCUCUCCUCAGGUGGAGCCCUCUGCUGCGUUCCUGAACACCAAUGAUGUGUUUGUGCUGAAGUCCCCUGACACUGUGUUCCUGUGGAGGGGAGUGGGGGCCUCUGAGGAGGAGCUGGCUGCAGCCCAGUACGUCACCUCUUUCCUGGGAGGAGGACGUGCCACUGAGGUGUCAGAGGGCAAGGAGCCUGGUGGGUGUUGUAGUUUUACACCUGGUGACUGUCAUAACAUAACGUGAUGAUAGGAUUUUCUCUUUUAAAUACUUUUAUUGUAGCACUUUUAUUAGCAGAUAUUACAUUUGAACAAUCAUUACAAAAUGAUGUACUAUAAUUUAUUAUUGUGUUUUUCUAAUGUUUCUUCAUUUGCAUUGAAUGAAACUUUUCUCCAUACUGGUAUGAUGAGUGUUUUUGAUGUACCAUAUUGUAUUGUUCUGCUCUCUUCCCCAGCUGGGUUCUGGUCUGCUCUGGGAGGGAAGAAGGAGUACCAGACCUCCAAGAAUCUGCAGAAGAUGGUCAAGCCACCACGCCUGUUUGGCUGCUCUAACAAGACUGGCAGGCUCAUAGUGAGUAGAGGAAGGCUUUCUCUUAGUGAAGGGAUGGAGGAAUGGACUAUUUGGUUGUGAAGGUUGGAGCCAUCGAAGGAUACUUUGUAUUGACCUCUCUCUCUCUCUCUCAGGCUGAAGAGGUGCCUGGAGAUUUCAACCAGUCAGAUUUGGCAACCGAUGAUGUCAUGAUUCUGGACACUUGGGAUCAGGUAAGGUCUUGGCAUGAUGUGAAAGACCAUUAUAAAACCAUUAUACAGUAUUAUCCACAUGAUCCCAGUGGCUCUGAUACAACUGAAGUCCUGCCAUGAGUUUUUAGAGGUAGUGGUCCAAUCCUCCAAUCCCUCUUCACAUCCUGCUUUUAUUGUUUCCUGUAUAAUCUUUUGAGGGUGUAGGAUUGAUCCCAUAGAAAUAAAAUGACAUACUUCCUGAUGUAUAUAAACCCUGGAUUGCUGGUGCUAUGUAUUGGCCAAUGAGAGGUUUUGAAGCCACCGGUCAGCCAUAUUGGCACUCUGCAGAAAAUUCAUCCAUAGGAAUGAAUGGAAUUCUACAGUAUUUCAAUUCAAUAUUUAAAGGACAAAAUUACAUGUAUUUAAGUAUGUUUUUGUUGUAGUGGGAACAGUAACAUAAGAUAAAAAUACAUAUAAAAUAUUUACUUUAAGGACUUUAAUAAAUAUAUAGAUAUUAGUUCACAUAAUAUAAUUUAAAAGUAUGCAUUAAUGUGUCUGUAAUAGAAUAAACGUGGCAAAAACUAAUGUAAACAUGAAUAAAUGCAUUUCUAUAGCUUAAGAAAAGGUAUUUACAAUGAUGGGGGAAUGCCAAGAUGGAGGAGCGGUUGCUUCAAAACAGCACCCCCUGUCUGUCAUCAAGUGAAAAUCAUUGUUCCUGGCAUUGGCACAGUACAAUUAAUAUGGCCGCCGGUCCACGCAUCACGGAGCAUUGACUUGAAUGGGAAUGUCUGUCUAGUUAUUCUAUUUCUAUUGAUGAUCCACUCUCUUCUUUUAUUAUUUUAAUAGAUCUUCCUCUGGAUAGGCAACGAGGCCAAUGAAGUGGAGCGUACCGGAUCAUCAAAAAUUGGUAUGAUUGAUUAAUAAUCUGGAUUUAUUGGCCAUUGUUCAUACAUACAAGUGUCAAUCUAUGUGACUUAAUGUAGAGCUUUCUUCCUGUCUUUCAGCCAAAGACUAUGUGGAUUCGGACCCCUCUGGUCGCCGGGGCAUUGCCAUCACCACGAUCAAGCAGGGAAUGGAACCGCCAACCUUCACUGGCUGGUUCCAGGCCUGGGACCCCAAGAUGUGGGAAACAGACCCCCUGGAGCGUAUCCGUGCCCGCUUUUAA